AUGUCGCGGAGGAAGCAAGCGAAGCCUCAACAUUUCCAAUCCGACCCCGAAGUGGCCUCGCUCCCCCGGCGAGAUGGAGACACGGAGAAGGGUCAACCAAAUCGAACCACUAAGAACAAGGACGCCCACGUCUGUGGCAGGUGCUGUGCUGAGUUCUUUGAAUUAUCCGAUCUUCUGCUUCACAAGAAGAACUGUACUAAAAAUCAAUUGGUUUUAAUCGUAAACGAAAAUCCUGCUUCCCCUCCUGAAACCUUCUCCCCCAGCCCCCCUUCCGAUAAUCCCGAUGAACAAAUGAAUGACACAGUUAACAAAACAGAUCAAGUAGACUGCAGUGACCUUUCAGAACACAACGGGCUUGACAAGGAAGAGUCCAUGGAGGUGGAGGCCCCAGUUGCUAACAAAAGCGGCGGCAGCACUUCCAGUGGCAGCAACAGUAGUUCCACGCCAAGCGGCGAGAGCAGCUUCUCCACCGGUACCUCAGCCAUCACAACCUCUCUACCUCAACUCGGGGACCUGACAACACUGGGCAAUUUCUCUGUGAUCAACAGCAACGUCAUCAUCGAGAACCUCCAGAGCACCAAGGUGGCAGUGGCUCAGUUCUCCCAGGAAGCGAGGUGCAGUGGGACCUCUGGAGGCAAGCUGGCCGUCCCGGCCCUCAUGGAGCAGCUCUUAGCUCUGCAGCAGCAGCAGAUCCACCAGCUGCAACUGAUCGAACAGAUCCGUCACCAAAUAUUGCUGUUGGCUUCUCAGAACACAGACUUGCCAACAUCUUCUAGUCCUUCUCAAGGUACUUUACGAACAUCUGCCAACCCCUUGUCCACGCUAAGUUCCCAUUUAUCUCAGCAGCUGGCGGCAGCAGCUGGAUUAGCACAGAGCCUCGCUAGCCAAUCUGCCAGCAUCAGUGGUGUAAAACAGCUACCCCCAAUCCAGCUACCUCAGAGCAGUUCUGGCAACACCAUCAUUCCAUCCAACAGUGGCUCUUCUUCCAAUAUCAAUAUAUUGGCGGCAGCAGUGACCACCCCCUCCUCAGAAAAAGUGGCUUCAAGUGCUGGGGCCUCCCGUGUCAGCACCCCAGCAGUCUCAGCAGCACCCUCACCAGCUUUUGCAAUAAGCAGUUUAUUAAGUCCUGCAUCUAAUCCACUUCUACCUCAGCCGGCCCCUGCUAACUCGAUUUUCCCCAGCCCUUUGCCCAACAUCGGAACAACUGCAGAGGAUUUAAACUCCUUGUCCGCCUUGGCCCAGCAAAGAAAAAGCAAGCCACCAAACGUCACUGCCUUCGAAGCGAAAAGUACUUCAGAUGAGGCGUUCUUCAAACACAAGUGCAGGUUCUGCGCGAAAGUCUUUGGGAGUGACAGUGCCUUGCAGAUCCAUUUGCGUUCUCAUACUGGGGAAAGGCCGUUCAAAUGCAACAUCUGCGGAAACAGGUUCUCUACAAAGGGAAACCUGAAAGUCCACUUUCAGCGCCACAAAGAGAAAUACCCUCAUAUCCAGAUGAACCCGUAUCCUGUGCCUGAGCAUUUGGACAAUAUUCCCACAAGUACCGGGAUUCCAUACGGCAUGUCCAUCCCCCCCGAGAAGCCAGUCACCAGCUGGCUAGACACCAAACCAGUCCUGCCCACUCUGACCACUUCAGUUGGCCUACCAUUGCCCCCGACCCUCCCUAGCCUCACACCCUUCAUCAAGACGGAAGAGCCAGCCCCCAUCCCCAUCAGCCAUUCUGCUGCCAGCCCACCAGGCUCAGUCAAAAGUGAUUCCGGGGUCCCGGAGCCGGCUACGAGAAACCCAGGUGGGCUCCCUGAAGAAGCUGAAGGGUCCACUUUGCCACCCUCCAGUGGCAAAACCGAAGAAAGCAGUGUGGUCACCAGUUUGGUCCCGACAGUGAACAACAGCUCCCUGAGCUCCCCAGCUGGGGACCCUGGCCCGGGCAGUGCUGCCACAUUCACCAACCCACUAUUGCCGCUCAUGUCAGAACAGUUCAAGGCUAAGUUUCCUUUUGGGGGACUGUUAGACUCAGCUCAGGCAUCAGAAACAUCCAAGCUGCAGCAACUGGUAGAGAACAUUGACAAGAAGGCAACUGAUCCCAAUGAGUGCAUUAUCUGCCACCGAGUCCUCAGUUGUCAGAGCGCCUUGAAAAUGCACUACCGGACACACACUGGGGAAAGGCCCUUUAAGUGUAAGAUCUGUGGCCGGGCUUUCACCACAAAAGGGAAUCUUAAAACUCAUUAUAGUGUCCACCGGGCUAUGCCCCCACUCCGAGUCCAGCAUUCCUGCCCCAUCUGCCAGAAGAAGUUCACAAAUGCUGUGGUCCUGCAACAGCACAUCAGAAUGCAUAUGGGAGGCCAGAUUCCCAACACCCCAGUCACUGAUAGCUACCCCGAGUCCAUGGAGUCUGACACGGGCUCCUUUGAUGAGAAAAACUUUGAUGACCUCGACAACUUCUCGGAUGAAAACAUGGAAGAUUGUCCUGAGGGCAGCAUCCCUGAUACGCCCAAGUCUGCGGAUGCAUCCCAAGACAGCCUGUCCUCCUCACCUUUGCCCCUAGAAAUGUCGAGCAUUGCUGCUUUGGAAAAUCAGAUGAAGAUGAUCAACGCUGGCCUGGCGGAGCAGCUGCAGGCCAGCCUGAAGUCGGUGGAGAAUGGGUCCGUGGAGGGGGAUGUCCUGACCAAUGACUCGUCCUCAGUGGGUGGUGAUGUGGAAAGCCAAAGUGCUGGGAGCCCAGCCAUUUCAGAGUCUACCUCUUCCAUGCAGGCUCUGUCCCCAUCCAACAGCAUGCAGGAGUUCCACAAGUCACCCAGCAUCGAGGAGAAGUCUCAGAGAGCGUUACCAAGUGAGUUUGCCAAUGGUUUGUCUCCCACCCCAGUGAAUGGUGGGGCUUUGGAUUUGACCUCUAGUCAUGCAGAGAAAAUCAUCAAAGAAGAUUCUCUGGGAAUCCUCUUCCCUUUCAGAGACCGGGGUAAAUUUAAAAACACUGCUUGCGAUAUUUGCGGCAAAACAUUUGCUUGUCAGAGUGCCUUGGACAUUCACUAUAGAAGUCAUACCAAAGAGAGACCAUUUAUUUGCACAGUUUGCAAUCGUGGCUUUUCCACAAAGGGUAAUUUGAAGCAGCACAUGUUGACACAUCAGAUGCGAGAUCUACCAUCACAGCUCUUUGAGCCCAGUUCUAGCCUUGGCCCCAAUCAGAACUCUGCAGUGAUUCCCGCCAACUCAUUGUCAUCUCUCAUCAAGACAGAGGUCAAUGGCUUUGUGCAUGUUUCUCCUCAGGACAGUAAGGACACCUCCACCAGUCACGUCCCUUCUGGGCCUCUGUCAUCCUCUGCCACGUCCCCAGUUCUGCUCCCAGCUCUGCCCAGGAGAACUCCCAAACAGCACUACUGCAACACGUGUGGCAAAACCUUCUCUUCCUCGAGUGCCCUGCAGAUUCACGAGAGAACUCACACUGGAGAGAAACCCUUUGCUUGCACUAUUUGUGGAAGAGCUUUCACGACAAAAGGCAAUCUUAAGGUACACAUGGGCACUCACAUGUGGAACAGCACCCCCGCACGGCGGGGCCGGCGGCUCUCUGUGGACGGCCCCAUGACAUUUCUAGGAGGCAAUCCCGUCAAGUUCCCAGAAAUGUUCCAGAAGGAUUUGGCAGCAAGAUCAGGAAGCGGAGAUCCUUCCAGUUUCUGGAAUCAGUAUGCAGCAGCGCUCUCCAAUGGGCUGGCCAUGAAGGCCAAUGAGAUCUCCGUCAUUCAGAAUGGUGGCAUCCCUCCAAUUCCUGGAAGCCUUGGCAGCGGCAGCAGCUCACCUAUUAGUGGGCUGACGGGAAAUCUGGAGAAGCUCCAGAACUCAGAGCCGAAUGCACCUCUGGCCGGCCUGGAGAAAAUGGCAAGCAGUGAGAACAGAACCAACUUCCACUUCACCCGCUUCGUGGAGGACAGCAAAGAGAUUGUCACCAGUUAA